AAUAGUAACACCUAAAGUACUGCGGUACCGGUUAAGCAGUUUGGUAUUGAAAAGUCUAUUUAGGGUCCUGAAACAUUAUGCCUCUGUUGGAGAUGGCGGCUGUAAGAAUGUCCCGUCUAAUGCGUGAUCAGAAGCGCCUCUCUAUAUUUAUCAAAUCACAUGGAGCUCAGCAGAGGACACACAACAUGGCGCUGCUGAGACUCCAGACCUCCUAGACCUUCACCUCCUGUAGACCGGGGUCGCAGCUGGAGCAAGACAGGUGAUAUUACAAAGUCAACAUGGAGGACUUUGAAUACAGUGUGGAGAUCUGUGACCGGGACUGGGAAUGCUUCUUUGCAGAGUGCGAAGCCUCUAACCUGCUUCCUCCUUCAUUAGCAGGUGUGGAUGACUCAGGCAUGAGUGACAUUGAUGAGACCGGGUCCCUUCUCGCCAACAGGCUCCAGACAAUCGACCAAACAGCAGGCCUCCCUGAGGCUGACCGCUCCAUCGAUGGCCCCCCCGACUGCGGGGGCUCUCCUAUGGAGCGUUACCACAGCAUACACGCUGUCGCUGGAAUGGAGAGCGUGCUCUCCGGCAGCGAGGAGGAUAUACACCUGCAGUGUGUCAAUGUGUUCUUUGAAAGGAUGAAUCAUUGUACAGGGUCUGAGAGACUCACAGAGCCAAGCCGAGCCAGGGAUGUGAAAUGCAGAGCGGCAGUAGUAGAGGAGGAGGAGCGGGUUAGUGACGGGAAACAAGCCAGCCGCAGUUUUUGGCCAAAAAACAUCCCCAAGUCUCUCUCUGCCAGCGGUGAAACAGCAGUUUGCAACGAGACCACAGAGCCUGUCGAAACCGUCUGCAAGAUAAACCCUGGGAAAAAGUAUGCGCUUGGCGCUGAGAUUGCCCCCAAACUCGCUGCUGCCAGUAACUUUGUGCUCCAGACUCGCAAAUCAGCUAAACCUGAAACAAGGUUUUCCAGCGGAGAGGAAUUACGCACAGAAACCAGAGUAAAUGUGUCAACACCUGUGAAUCAGUGUCGUGACUCACCAGGGGGGGUGGGCUGCUCAGAGACGCCACCAGGGGAAACGUGCACAUCUCGGCAAGAUGUGGCCCGGGAAGAUCUGUUGAAAAGUCCAGUGAGUAUCUCCAAAAAGCAUCUCAUUGGUUCAUUGAGAAAUCUAGAGACGGUGACGCAUGUUAAAAGUAAAGGAGACCAAAGCGCUGAUGCUGCACAGAUGGACGCAGCACGCACCGGCAAAUCCUCGAGCCAACAGUCCUCUCCAUCGCCCUCUAUCAAACGAAAGCGAAGGAAAAAGAGACGGCCCAGUGUUGAGUCAGCUGAGAGUGUGCAUGGGUACGAGAGGAAGGUUUUAGUCAAGCAGAGUGACUCAGAGGAGGAAUGCUCUGCCUGGAGAGGAGCAAAAGGAUUGUGGUUGUCUGAAGAUUUGAAAUUAUCUUGUUUAAUCAGACCACAUAAAGAAUGCCUUUCAGUUUUCCCAGUGAAACCAAAUUUGAAGAACAUCCAAAUAGAUUAUCUUGAUCAAUACAGUCGAAACCAACAUUUAGCGGAGAGCAUAGUAACAAAGGGAAGGCGUAAAGAAACAGAAUUAGCAGAAAAUAAUACAGGUAAUGAUAGGUCAAUAAACGCCUCGAGUCAAACUGACAGCAGUGCAACGUCGCCGUCACGCGGCACUGAGAAAGUGGGAAAAGAUUUGCAGCAGAACAUUAAGUUACGUGUGGAAGAAUUAACGGGGUGGCCAGUUGUGAUCACUGACGGUGUAACUGGUCAAACAGAAACGGGAAAAAACGGAAGGAAUGACACUCAGGCAGGGAGCCUCCAGCAGUCUGACAAAAUGAAUCCGUCCGUCAUUUGUUGUGAAGAUGAACGAAAUCCAGAAUCUAGUACAGCGGAGGUCCAAUCCAUACAUAUUCUGUCGAGCGCAGAGUCAAAUGAUCCAGUGGACGUCCGCCAAAGUGACAAACUAUCCGCUGCUAAGUCGGUCCUGGCUGUGGAGGCCGGACAUUCUGGCAGAGACGAGCACAUACUGCGCGGAAGAGAAGCUGAGCCCCAACAACGGCUGGAAAGCGACGGUCAAGACCGACGCCGGGAUAGCUCUACACGGGAAAGACCUCGGCGUCCUCCGCCCGCAAGCAGCUCUGGUGACACAAAACCCAAGGAAUUCAAAACUAGAUUCUGUCCAUCGUUGGACACUUCCAGUAAAGUGGGCUGCGCUGAAUCCCCAGAUUCCAGCUAUGCAUGGCCUAGUAAGCACUUUUGGGCUGAAAGUCCCACCAGUUUCGCUGUAGAUUUCACACCACAUCAGCUGGACCUUUCCCUGGUGUCUCACACAUUGUCCAAACUUCAGGUUUUUUCAGAGAAAAACACAACCGCUGAUGGAGCCGAAUUAGCAGCAUCUCAAAUAAUGUCUUCUCAAAGUGGGGAUCCCUUUCCAUGUGGUGAAAGCAUAGUUGAACGCCGCAGAGAAACCAGACCUCCCACGUCUGAAGACUUGCCAACACGUCCUUCAGAUGUUACACCUGGAUCAUCCUGCUGCACGAGGCACACAGGACCUGCCCUGUCAACCUUGAAUAUAAAUACCACAGACAUGUCAGGAAGUUAUUUUCCUGACAUGUCUGUCAAGAGAAAUUACCAUGGCGAUAGAAGAGAAACGCCACUAAUGAUGAUGGAAGAACGCCAUAAAGGAGUCGGCCCAUCUGAAUACCAAAGCCAGUCUGCAUCGAAUGACACAACAGAUUCCACAUGUGAAGACGUCAUCGCAGCAUCUGAAGCAGAUUGCGAACCUGAGAAGGCGCCAGAUUCAAAGCAUUCAGUGUUCGCCAUGUCUUCUUUUUGGAGAGAGAUGGAGAUGGUGACAAUAAAUGAUAUUCUGGGUUUACGAAUGAUCAGCAAAGCUGCACCGUCAAGCUCUCUCCUGCCCAUACAGGAAAGUGAGGAGACCCGGAGGUUUGCCAUAACGGACUCAAGCUUUUUCACUCAACUGGAUGAACUUGGCAAUAAAGACCCACAGAGCGAUCCUAACUUCACAGAAACAGGACCAGGUUCUGUUGUUGCAGCCAGUUCCUUCUCUUCAAGUGGUGUUCUGAUGUCGACGUCCUCUGAAGGGGCUCAAACGAAGAUUUCCAAAAACAUAAGCGUGCGCAAUCUACACGCCCUGCAAUCCGAGUCUGUGAAAUGCACAAGGAAAGUCCAAACUUUACAAACCUUGGAUGAGGGAGGAUUACCAAAAGAAGAGCGUUUCACUGACGUACACAAGCAAGAGAAAGCUUCAUCAUCAACAGAAAGCUUUGGGAUAUCUCUCACGGACAUAUUUCAGUAUCUCUUUCGUGGAAAACCGUCAGUUCCCAGCCAAUCGGUCACAGACAACAUAACCACGUUCUUCACUGACGGAAGUUCCGUCCCUGAAACUUACGACCGUUUCUUCUCAGACUUUGAUACGGAAAGCUUCUUCAACCCUCUGGUCCCUGCAGACGAGCUGGUUCCUGCCUUUUCCCAUUCUCGCUCAGCUAAGAGAAAUCUACAGUUCCCUGAGGCGUACGAACACUUCUUUGCCUCCUCUUCGUCUGACGAGUCCUCUGUAGAAUCUGAUGAAGAUGGCGGCGGCCCUGUGAGGGUGGUGACUAGGUUCGAUCGUGCAUCAAGCGCACCUCCGAUUUCUACAGACAUGUAUGAGAAUUUCUUCACAGAUCGCGACCUCAGGCAGAGUUUGUUUUGGAAAGCCACCCUCUCCUUCAGGAACAUGACUUUAACUGGGUCCGCAGUCCAGAAGCAGAUUCUCUCAAACCCUCCAUCUCGUGUAGCUGUGAGGAAACGUGGCAGAUCUCCUGGAAGGACUCUUCAUCCUCUACAUGCUCUGGGAAAUCAGCAUGUGAAGUUUCCUGAUACACGUUUGUACCAGCAGCCUUUCAGAUGCGAGGACCUUCAGGCGGUUGUCUCAAAUCCAAGGUUGGAUGCCUCCCUUCUGCCUCUCAGACAGUCCGACAUGUGUCUGGUUUGUAUUGCAUUUGCUUCGUGGGUACUAAAGACGGCCAACCCACAAGUUGGAGACACCUGGAAGGCUGUGCUGCUGGCGAAUGUAAGCGCUCUGUCAGCCAUUCGAUACCUGCGUAAAUACGUCAAGAUGGAGGCGGCCACCAGCGAGAAGAACAGGAGUAACACCACCUCGUCCGAUUCCUGAGGUCUCCGCCUCUAGUUACAUCACGCUUAAAGUGGAACAUUUUUCUUUGAACACCUGAUACAAGCCAGUGUACGACUUGAGUCCGUCAUGGAAUUUGGCAAGUGUUUGAUAUGCGGUUACUUGUUUACUUUAUGCACUGAAAUUGUGUUUUAUCAAGUUGUAUUGAUCUUUCCAUUGAAUGGAAUUUUUCUAGAUUAACGUGGCUGACAUUUUGAUCUUUUAACUCUUGAAAGCAUUCAUAUGAAACAACCACACAAAUACCCUGACCGAAGUCUAUGUAAUCAUUGGAGGGAUUCUAUUUUGUGCCAGUAUCUAUUUUGCAUUUAAUAGAUUUUCUUGUAUUCUUUCGAAUAGGUUUCUCUUGGAGAUGUGCCUUUUUGGUUGAACUGGAGUAGUUUAGUUUUUCCAAAAGCACAUGGACCUGAAUGUGAAACGUUUAAACACUAGAGGGCACCUCAGGGCCAUAAAAGAAUCCAGCUGGGUGAGCUGCAGUUUUCAAGCUUUUUUGAGUUAUUUGAAUACUGGAUUUUGAAUAAAACUAUUUCAAAGUAUGAAUUGGUGCUAUUAAUGUGCUUAUUCACCAAAAUUGCAAAGUAUUUAUUUAUUUAUUAUCCUGUUCUGUUCAAGAAUUGUACAUAUUUUUGCCAGCAGAUGUUGAUGUUGAAACAGAAUACAAUGUGUCCUGCGGCUCAUGAGGAUGUUCCACUAA